AUGGCUACUUCAAUAUCAAAAAAAUAUGCAGCAAUAUUUAAUAUAGAUAAAAAAGAUGAUGAUGAUGAUUCAGUUUCAACAACAUUAACUCAUUCAUCUAGUUCAUUAUUUGUAUCUAACAAUUUUUUAAAAAAACAAACAACAUUAUCUCAAUAUAUUGGCUAUCCUCUCAAUGCUUUUGAAGUUCCUAAAUCAUUUGGCAAUCAUAUUUUAAUAAAUGCAACUAAUGAAGUUCAGAAAACAAUCAAGGAUCUUGCUUGUGAUGAUAAAAUUAGUGUUACAAUUGCUUUUGAUGGUUUGAGCAAUGUUGUAAAUCAGGAACUGAUGGGCAUAGUAUUUAUUAUAUCUUUGGGUAAAACUUUAAUUUGGGGAGCAAAAGAUAUUAGUAUUGAAAGAAAACAAAAAAAAGAAAUGAUGUUUAGAAUUUAUAAUCUUUUUGAAGAGAUAAAAAAAUUAGAUAUAAAAGCAAACUGUCUUACCCUUGUUACUAAAGAUGAUGUAGCUUUGGAUGAUGAUUUAAGACUUCCUAAUGUGAUUAAAGAAGAGUUAUUAAUUGAAGAGGAAUUUGAAGAAGAACAAGACGAUUUGUAUAAUGCUGAAAUUGAUUUUCUAAAUUCAGAUACACACCCUGCUAAAAAUCAAGCU